UUAACAUUCAGGAUGACUUAUUGCAAAAUACUGAUUUUUUUUUUUAACGCAUUCUUUUUUAUGACUGACAUGCUCCACUUAAACAUGAAAUACUGAAAUGUUAGAUGUCAUCACAGGCGCAGCAAUGUCUUGCCUAACAUAAUGAUUCUGAGACUGAAUGCUUGUAAAAAACAAGAUCAAGGCACUAUAGUCAAGCAUGAUAACACCAGAAUAGUCACCAGAGGAGGCAGCUCUGGCAACCCAGUAGAUUUUCAUGGGAAAAUAAUGUUUUACCUAUGUUCUCAUUCCUCCACAAUCUCACACAGAGUUACCAGAGAGAAAUAAAGGCAUUACUAAUGCUACAAAAGCCUAAACGCUUUGGAGACUGGGGCUGCCUUCCUCCGCCUGAACUCAAAUGAAAUUUUGAACUGGAGAGGAGUGCUGUGAAUUUGGAGCUGUAAAGGCCCUCCCUCCAGCCAAGAUUUUCAGCAUAAGAUCUUGGAGGAGUCAAUGUUUUAUUAUUACAAUUGCUAACAUUUGAGGGCAAUAAGCUGUCUAAUCUAACAGCAAUGUUGUUAACCCAAAGUUCAGGAUGGGAGGAACUGAGAGGGAGCAAAAGAAUGAAAAGUUGAACAAAUGAGUGAUGCACACAGAGAGUAAGUAGCAUUCCCGGUUCUGGGGAAAUGGGCAUCAUCCUGCUAAAUUUAUACAUAGUAUGGAAAAUAAGAGUAAGAGAAAGGGCAGGGAAGGGUGCACAGCUAGCUUUGUGUCACCAGCAUGAUUCCUGCUACUCUCAGGGAGCUGGAAUUUUGCUAUAUCUGUUUCUGCUAUCAUUCUGGAGGAGACACAGAACUACUUACACUAAAUUGGCACUUUCCUUCCUCUGCGCCACUUUAAACAAUGGUAGCAAAGAGAGGAAAUUUCAUAGGCUGUAGCGGAAGUUCCAACCUUGCCAAUACCUGGAACGCUUCUUACCAUUGCACAUAUGAAGCAUGGAUUGAUCUGGCCUAUUAUAAUCAGUGAGCACUAAUAAAGCAUUUCCAGGAGUUAAAUGUUUGUUACACCACUGACGGGAGACAACUUUUGAAUUUUUUGCUUCUUUUUUGCAGUCCCUUCCUCUCAUUUCAAAGACAUCUCCUGUUCACUUCAGAAUUUUUUUUUAAAUGCCUGAAACUCCUCUGCUGAAUGUUCCCUCCUCAAACCAGAGUGAAAACAAGAGCAACUCAACUAUUUGCCCAGACUUGAAUGACUGGUGGGAAAUCGUGUUCUAUAUAGUACCCAAGUAUAUCGACACUGUCUGUGUUAUUGGAAUGCUUGGAAAUGCAUUUGUUCUGUUCAGUUAUUCACUGCACAAGGGUCCCCUGAAGAUAGCUGAAGUCUACCUCCUUAUGAACCUAGCUGCUGCUGAUCUUGUUUUCCUCAUGUGCUUCCCUUUCUGGGCAGAGAAUAUCAGGAAUGAAUUCAACUGGCCAUUUGGCAAUUUCCUUUGUCACAGCACCAGCGCACCCAUCAGCCUGAACAUGUACACCAGCAUCUACUUACUGGUGGCAGUCAGCAUGGCAAAGGCUACCAGGUUGAUCUUCACAGUGGUACUGAUGUUUCUUUUGUGCUGGACUCCCUACCAUUUUUUUGUAUUCCUUGAUAUAUUGUACCAGACAGAAGUGACCAAAGGCUGCUUCUGAGGGGAACUGCUCAACUUUGGUGAGCAGUUUGUUUACACUCUGGCUAUCACCAACAGUUGCAUUAACCCUGUGAUUUAUGUCUUUGCUGGGAAACACUUCAGGCAAAAGGCUUCAGAAGUUUUUUCACAGUUUAUUCCCUGCGGAUUUCCUUUGAGCUAGGUAUCGUUAAAGUCUUCAUAUUUCAAUGUGUUUCCAAUCAGGAGUAAUUUAACCUAAUGGUUCUCAGUUUCAUCUUCAUUUUGCUGUUACAACUUAUUUCAAAUGGCAUUAAAAAUGAUCAUGAAUUGCACUUAUCUGGCAUUCACAGAGUAAGCUAAUUAUUUAUUAACGUAAAUUACUUGGCUGCUUAUUUGUCCCCAGUUUGCGUUUCCGUUUUCUAUGUUAUCCAUCCAAAUGCAUAAUGUGAUACAAGAAUUUUAUACCAAAUGAUCUGUCAUCAGUUUUGAGCGACUUGAAAGAAAAACUUUUUGGCAAGAUAUCAGAACUCUGAUUUCUGUACAGAAAGCCAUAAGCUGGCUAAAUAUUUUACUGCAUUGUAUCUGUGAUGACAAAUACUAUCCCACCAAUAAUGUUAUAUGUAAAAUUAUAAUGUGUAUUACAUAGAAAAUAUAAGCUUAAUCUUCAGCUGAUAGCUGCAUUUGAGCAACUAUAGAA